AUGGCGCAGAGAGCAGCUCAGAUCGCAGGCCACCUCAAGAAGCAGGGCCUGCUCCAGGGCCAGGUCGCCAUCAUCACCGGCGCCGCCCAGGGCAUCGGCGCCGAGGCCGCCCGCCUCUUCGCCGAGGAGGGCGCCCGCGUCGUCAUCUCCGACAUCGACGCCAAGAAGUCGCAGGAGACGGCCGACGGCAUCAACGCCGCCGGCGGCGCCGCCCUCGCCGUCCCCGGCGACCUGCUCAGCGAGGACUACAUCAAGGAGCUCGUGCGCAGGGCCGCCGAGUUUGGCAACGGCAAGAUCCACAUCAUCGUCAACAACGCCGGCUUCACCUGGGACGGCGUCAUCCACAAGAUCACCGACAAGCAAUGGGACACCAUGCUCAACCUGCACGCCAAGGCCCCCUUCCAGCUCCUCCGCGCCGCGGCCCCCUACUUCCGCGUCGCCGACGGCGAGCCCCGCAACAUCGUCAACAUCUCGUCGACCUCGGGCGUGCACGGCAACGCGGGCCAGGCCAACUACGCCGUCGCCAAGGCCGGCGUCGUGGGCCUGACCAAGACGGUGGCCAAGGAGUGGGGGCCCAAGUACGGCGUGCGCGCCAACACCAUCGCCUUCGGCCACAUCCUGACGCGCCUGACCCAGGCCAAGGAGAAGGGCGCCUUCGUCCAGGGGCCCGACGGCCAGAAGAUCGCCCUCGGCAUCCCCGGCAUGACCGAGGCCGCCGCCGGCGCCGACGUCUACAACGACGUCCCCCUGCGGAGGGCCGGCACCGCCACCGAGGCCGCCAGCGCCAUCCUCGCCCUCGCCAGCCCGCUGUCCAGCUACAUCACGGGCCAGACCAUCAUGGUCACUGGCGGACGCAACAUGUAA